AUGAAUCAAGUAAUGGAUCAUAAAGCUGAUUGGUAUGUUGGAGGAUUUGGUACUAUACACAAAGCUAUUUGGUCAUAUGAAAAUAGAGAUAGAGAAGUAAUUCUUAAAUGUCAUAAUAAUUUAAAUGAAAAUUUAAAUGAAUUUUUAAAUGAAUGGAAAUAUCAUGAAAGUUGUUUGGGUUCAUAUAACAUUAUUUAUUUUUAUGGAUUUACAAAAAAUCCAGAUACCUUGAAAUAUAUGGCGGUAAUGGAUUAUGCAAACAAAGGUGAUUUAAGAGGAAACUUAAUAAAAAUAGUUGAAAGUGGUUGGGAUCAAAAAUUAUGCAUGUUGUAUGAAAUUAUUUCUGGACUUCAAGAUAUACAUAAUCAAAAUCUUAUUCAUCAUGAUUUUCAUGAUGGCAAUAUUUUAAAUCAUGAUGAGAGUAAAAUUUUUAUUAGUGAUUUAGGAUUAUGUCAACCUGUAAAAUCAUUAUUGGAAGAACAUAAUAUUUAUGGUGUUGUACCAUUUAUGGCACCUGAAGUAUUAAGAGGCAAACCUUAUAUUCCAGCUAGUGAUAUAUAUAGUUUUUCUAUGAUUAUGUGGGAAUUUACAUCUGGAAUACCACCAUUUAAUAAUAGAGCACAUGAUAUUCAACUUAGUUUAAGUAUUUGUGGAGGUGAACGUCCUGAAAUUAUUGAAAAUACUCCACAAUGCUAUGUUGAUUUGAUGAAAAAAUGUUGA